AUGCACCAGGGCGACGAAAGCGUGCAUGUCUACAACAACUCGACAGGCUUCGGUGUAGUAGACAAGAACGUUGUCAGAGGUCGUUUUGCUAGAGAGAGCGAACAUCAAGGGGGUCGAUCUCGAGCACGCCCUGUUGUACCCUCACCCGCCUCGAGGUACAGCAGCAGUACCACAGCGACC